UUUUUUUUUUUUUUAUUAACAAACAACUAAAUUAUAAUUUGUUUUUAUUUAUUUAUUUUUUUUUAUCAGUCUAUUACAGUGUAAUAUUUCAUUUUCAUCUCAGCGUGUGAUCUCUGUGGCCCUCGGUGUCUUUCUUCUUCCUCUUUUACACGUAAAUUAAUUAUUAUUUAUAUUAGUGAUUAAAAAAUAAACAAUACAAGUUAAUAAGACAUGUAAAAUGGCUGAAAUGGCCAAACGAUUGGAUAUAAAUUUUCAUCCAAAUACAAUUAAUGAAAACAAUAAUAUACUAAAUAAAUUACGUUCUCAUGGAAAGAUUGAUAAUAGAAAUACUGAUGAAUUAACAAAAUUAUUUAAUAAAUUAAAUGCAAAAGAUAAUAAAGAUAUUAAAAUUGAUUUUGGCACAUUACCAGAUCAAGUGAAUAAUAAUAAAACAAGUGUGUAUGGACCAAUUGAUAAAUUUCCAUCAGGAUCAUGGUGGGGAAUAAGAAUUGAUUGUUCAAGAGAUAAAGUACAUUCAUCAUUCAAUGAUGAUAUUUGUUUUGAUACAUAUGGUGCAGCAUCAAUAUGUACAUCACACUUGAAUCCACAUAAUGAUGUUGACAUUGGUGAUUAUUUAACAUUCACAUCUGAUGAAUAUAAUCAUAAAUUAAAUUUAUCAAAUCAUCCAAUGAUUAAGAGCUUCCAAAAUAAUAUUCCAAUAAGAGUUAUAAGAAGUCAUAAUCUUAACAAUGAAUUCGCGCCAAAAACUGGCUAUCGUUAUGAUGGUAUUUAUGCAAUAUCAUCAUUCUGGAUUGGUUUGUCUUCCAGUUCAUCAAAAAGAUAUCUCAAAUUUUCAUUGUCACGAAUUAAAAAUCAAGCUGCACCAAGUUGGCAAAUAAAUAAAAAUAAUAUUGAUGAUAAUUUGACAAUUAAAAGAACGAGAAAUAAAAUUAAUAAUACUGCAACAAGAUGUCAUAUGGAUUGUUGUAAAAAUACAAAAAAUGAUGGUAAAUUAGAUUUAAUAAAUAAAUCGACAAAUGCUGUUAAUAAAAAUGAUAAAAAACCAUCAAAUAGCCAAAUUGUUAUAAGACAUGUGUCUAAAAAAUUUGAUAGAAUAAUUGCACCUGGUAUUAAAUCACCAGUACAAAAUAAAAUAACAUCAACAUCAACAUUAACAACUUUAAAAAAUAAUAGCAAUAAUUUGCACAAUCCAAAUUUAUCAAUUAGAACAUAUUUAUAUGAUUCAUCAUCUGAUUUAUUGAAUGAUAAUAAAAAAAUAAAUACAAAUAAUAAUUCAAGAGUUCAACAAAAAUCAUCAACAUGUGGAGUUUUAAAAAAUUCAAAAAUUAUUGAUAAUGUAAAUAUAGAUAAAAAUAAAAAAAAUGGUAUACAAUUGAGAUCUUGUGUUAAUAAAAAUGAUACCAAGAAAACAUCAAAGAUAAUAAAUGAAAAUUUAACAAAUGAAAAUAAUAAUAAAGUUAUAUUUGAAAAUUCAACAAAAGAAAAUAUAAAUGAUUCAUCAAUUGAAACAAUAGUUAAACAAAAUAGAUUAUCAGAUGCACUUGCAUCAAUUGAAUCAUUAACACCAGAACAAAUAAUGAAUUUAAUAACCAAAGAAAAAUAUAAAACAACUGGUAAAAUAAUAAUUGGUAAUAUUAUUGGUGAUACAAAUUUUAUAAAUAAAACAUUAUCAAAAUCACCAACAAUAAUUAAACAACAAUUAAUUAUUAAACAACAAAAUAAUGAUAAAUUAAAAAAUAAUUAUUAUGGUAAAAAUAAUAAUGAUAAUAAUAAAAAAGAAAGAUUAUUAAAUAAACCAAUGCAUACACGUAAUAAAAAUCAAAAACCAUUUUCAAAAUUAAUUAAUAUUAAAAAACGUCGUGGUGAAUUAGCAAAUUUAGUUAUUGAUGCUAAUUUUACAACAAAAUUACGUGCAAAUAAAACAAGAAAUUUACGUAGAUAUCCAACACGUUUUCUAAAUAAAAAACGUGACAAUAAUAUAUACAUAAAAAAACGUCAAAAAAUUGAUAUUAAAAAUAAAUUAAUAAAAUAUAAUAAUAAUACAAAAUCAACAAUGAAAAAACAUCAAACAGAAAAUAAUAAAAUUGAUAAAAUUAAAGUUACAAAUGAUAAAUUAAUUGAAAAUAAUAAAUCAGUUGUGAAUAAAUUAAAAAUGAUUGAUGCAACAACACAAUGUUCAUUGAAUGAUAAUUUACGAAUGUGUGUUGAUGUUGAAACACAGUAUGAUGAUCCAGCUGAAAUAAUUAAAAUUGAAUCAACUGAUUUUGAUGAUGUUAAAUCAGAAUCAUAUGAAAGUGAUAAUGAUUCACUUCAAGAAGUUAUAUAUCGUCAUUCAGAAAUACCAACAUAUCCACGUAAUCCAAAAAAAAUUAUUAAUAAACAAUCAAGUGUUAUUAAUAGAAUACAAAGUACAACAAAUAAUUAUGGCUUAUCAGCAUUUGCACCAGUUGCUAAUUUAUCAGAUAUUGAUAAUCGUAUAUCAAGAUUAAGAUCAAUUGGUUUUAAACCAAUUGAACCAUGUUUGUAUUAUGAACAAAAUGAUUGUUUACAAGAUGAUAAUGAUGAUGUUGAUGAUGGGAAUAAUACAAAACAAACAGCUAGUUGUUCAACAGUUGUUAGAAAAGAUGUUGAUGCACAAUACAAUAAAUAUACAAAUGAAGAAAAUAAUAUUGUUGAAUAUAUGGAUGAUGAACUCAAGUAUCAAGAGAUUGAAAAUGAAGAGAGUCAAAGUAAUGGAACUAAAAUGUUUACUGCAAUGUUAAAAAAACGUAAUGUUCAUAAUAAUGAUGUUGUUGAUGAUGGUGAUGAUGAUGAUGAUAAUACAAUAUCAAGAAGUAAACGUAAAUAUAGUUCAUCUGUUGAAGAAAAACAAAUGCCUUGGCAAGGUUGGAAAAAAUUUAUUGCGAAAGAAGGAACAAUUAUUAUUUAAUAUAUUAUUUAAAAAUAAAAUAUAAAAAAAAAAAAAAUUUAUUAUUAAUAUUUAAAUAGAUUUGUUGUUGAAUAAUUUUAAAUAAUUAUUUGAGAUAAAAAUAUUUAUUU